GCUGCAGGCGAGGCCAGCGGUGCGCAAAGACAAUAGACCCUGCUCGCGUGUUGGGACGUGUGUUUAAAGAACAGCGCCUGUCCCAGGGAUGGCGGGACCGACUUGGGGUGGGGGGUCCAUUCGAGUUGGCUGGAAGAGGCUGCAAGAGGGGGGUGUCAGCGAGUGCAACCUGGAGAGCAAAGGUGUUGGCUUCUGAGUCAUUUGAAUGCCAGGGAGGAGGAAGGAGCGUGCGAGCCUGAGCCGGGGAGGCACCCGGGAUUAACACAGCAGCUGCCAGACACCGGAGCGACUUCCUUCUGGGCCGAGAGAUUUCAAAUCAAAUUCUCCUUUAACCCCUCCCCGCCUUGGGCUCCUGCCUCCUACCUGGUCAUGGAAGGCGAAGCAGCAGCAGCAGCCAAGGGGCCAAGGUCGGCCCCGAGCGCACCAGAGCCUUUAUAUAGCCUGAGAGAGUGCCUGGCCUUCCUUUGACACCUCGGCUGGCUGGGCACCCUCUCCAUCAUGUGGCAGGCGGUUCUGGCAUACAGGAGCUAUCUCAUCGGCGUCCUGACGCCCCUGGUCUUCCUCCCUCUGCCUCUGGCCCUCCCUUACAAGGAAGCCCAAUGCGGCUACACUAUCAUUGUGAUGGCCAUCUUCUGGUGCACGGAAGCCCUGCCCCUGGCGGUGACCGCUCUCUUCCCCGUCCUCUUCUUCCCCCUCAUGGGCAUCAUGGACUCCACCACGGUGUGCAUGGAGUACCUGAAGGACACCAACAUGCUCUUCAUCGGGGGGCUCCUGGUGGCCAUCGCUGUUGAGCACUGGAACCUCCACAGGCGCAUCGCGCUGCAGGUCCUGCUCAUCGUCGGGGUCCGGCCUGCCUUGCUCCUGAUGGGCUUCAUGGGCGUGACCGCCUUCCUCUCCAUGUGGAUCAGCAACACGGCCACCACGGCCAUGAUGGUGCCCAUCGCCCAGGCCGUCCUGCAGCAGCUGCAGAAGUCGGAGCUGGAGCAGAGCGCUGCGGAGCAGGGGAUCACCCAGAACGGGACCAUCAACCGGGCCUUCGAGAUGCAGGAGGCACCCCCACAGCAAGCCAACGCCCACCUGCAGGUGGUGGUGAAGGAGAAGGUGCCCGAGGAGGCUGAGCAGAAGCUGGACGAACACCUGCAGCAGCUCCAGCAGAAGCACCAGACCUUCUGCAAAGGGAUGAGUCUGGCCGUCUGCUACUCUGCCAGCAUCGGUGGCAUCGCCACCCUGACGGGCACCACCCCCAACCUGGUGAUGAAGGGGCAGAUGGACGAGCUCUUCUGCCGCAAUGACAACGUGGUGAAUUUUGCCUCCUGGUUCACCUUUGCCUUCCCCGCCAUGCUGGUGUUGCUGGCCCUCUCCUGGCUGUGGCUGCUGCUGAUGUUCCUGGGCUUGGACUUCAAGAAGAAUUUCGGCUGCGGCAUCAGCGAGGCGGAGAAGCAGAAGUCCAAGCAGGCCUACAAAAUCAUCAAGAGCGAGUACCGGGCGUUGGGCCGGAUGAAGUUCUCUGAGGCGGCCGUCCUCAUCCUCUUCAUCGCCCUGGUGGUCCUUUGGUUCACCCGGGAGCCCGGCUUCAUGCCCGGCUGGGCCAACGCCCUCUUCAGUGAGAGGGGGAAGAGCCACAUCACAGACGCCACGGUGGUCAUUUUCAUCUCGUUGCUGAUGUUCCUGAUCCCCUCCGAACUGCCCAGAUGUUCUUCCGGGGCCCAGCAGGAAGGCGCCCCGGGGCAGAUCCGCGCGCCCCCCGCCCUCCUGGACUGGACCACCGUCAACCGGCACAUGCCCUGGAACAUCGUCAUCCUCCUGGGCGGGGGCUUCGCCUUGGCCAAAGGCAGCGAGGUCUCCGGCCUGUCCGCCUGGCUGGGGAACAAGCUGACCCCGCUGCAAAACAUCCCCCACCCGGCCAUCACCUUCCUGCUCUGCCUGCUGGUGGCCGUCUUCACCGAGUGCACCAGCAACGUGGCCACCACCACCCUCUUCCUGCCCAUCCUGGCAUCCAUGGCCCAGGCCAUUCAGCUGAACCCCCUCUACGUGAUGCUGCCCUGCACCCUCGCAGCCUCUCUGGCCUUCAUGCUGCCGGUGGCCACUCCGCCCAACGCCAUCGUCUUCUCCUACGGCAACCUCCGCGUCAUCGACAUGGUCAAAGCCGGGUUUAUGCUGAACAUCCUGGGCGUCCUGACCAUCAUGCUGGCCAUCAACACCUGGGGGAUCCCCAUGUUCAACCUGCACCAGUUUCCAGCCUGGGCACAUGUCAACGCCACCCACUGCUGACAGGAGGAAGAGGGCCCCCCGAACUCAGAGCAGCUUGCCCGGCCCUGAGCUGGUUUCUUGGGCAUCCCGUUGCCUCGCCUCUGGGGGCACAACGUAGCUCAGACUGGCCCAGCCCUUGAGGAUG